AUGCAAAACGAUUGGAUUAAGUGCAUCAGACAGGAAAUAAAUGAUUUCAAUUGGCUUCCAUCAAAAAAUGCAAGAAUAUGCAGUGACCAUUUCUGUAAUAAAGAUUAUAAGGGUUAUGAUGGAGAAAGGAAGGUAAUGCUGAAGAAAGCAUUCCCAUGUUUUCAAUUGAAGGUAAUGAAGUUGUUCACAUCGGAAGAACUUGAUUGGCUGAAGAAGGAAUCACAAUCAGUUUCGGAAUGUUCAGUUGCCCAUGGAGGAGUUGAACCAGAAUAUGCAACAAAAUCGUGGCUGGUGGUGGCCAGCGCUCUCUUCCCAAACAGCUUCGAGAUUCAUCUGAAAAAGUAUCAGAUGGAAAAGAAAGCAAAAAAUGUCGCUGGAACAGCUAGGAGUUUUGAAGAAAUGUUUAUCCAUUUCCCAAAUAAGUUGAAAGUCUUUCAGGAAAUAAAAUUGAUGCUAGAUGGCAUUGUUGCUGCUGAUUGUGUGGCUGAUGAUUUUUUCCCAACUGCAACCACUACAACUUCAACUGCUGUUACUACUGCCAACGUUGAUCAUUACCAGUCCAUCGUGGUUGGUGGUAACGAUGUCAAAAUCAUCAAUUCAUCAAAAAGUCCUUCCAAUGAGAAUGAAUGUGGUAGUGUUAUUAAAGAUGUUAAUGAUGACGACGACGAUGAUGAUACGAGGGAGGUUGAUUUGGAUAGAAACUUUUCCACAAAAAAUAAUGAUGAAGAUGAUAGAAGAAAUAGAAAGAGAGAUCAUAAUGGAUUUUGUAAGGGGAAUUUUGGAGAUAGUGUGGCAAAACGAAAGUUCAUGAAAGAAGUGUUUGACAGUCUGUCAGUGCCGUUAAAACACAUCCUCCUACCUCACAUGUUUGAUGCAUUAGCGAAAACAUCAACAACGACAUCACCUACGAUAUCAUCAACGACACUAACAUCAUCAACAACCAUGUUGCAACAAUGCAAAUUGUUGGUCUAUGCUCUGGAUCAAAUGUUUACACAAUCAAAUUUGCCCGACAACAAGCUACUAGAACUCAAUAAUAACUUGCACGAGCAACUGACAGAUUGCAUAGAGAUGCUGCUUGCUGCCGAGAAAAGAGAAUACAAUCAGCAACCAAUCAAUCCAUACAGGGAAUAUUUGGUCUUGAAAGUGUUGCCCGUGAUGCUAAGGACCACCACUGAAGCUGUGGAAACGGACGAAUCAACCAUGUCAUACACCGGCUACUAUCCACCACACUCCACCCCUUACCAGACAUUCCUCUGGCUACACGUUGUCAUCAACUAUUACGCCUUACUUCUGCUGGGCAAAAAGGACUCGAGUACUCCUAACAAGUGCAUGUGCACUUAUAAGGACAUGACAGCUCUUUGCAUUAAGUUGGCGAGAUGGGCUGAAUGGGUAGAUGUUGAACUUAUCUUUAGGCGUCUAAGUUACAAAGACUGUAGGAUUGACGUGUUGAAUGAAAAGUUGCAAACCUUCACCCCCCUAGAGCAUUUCGAACAGUCGAAACUGAUGACAGCAUGCCUCAUCUGUUUUAUCGAGUACUUUUAUAAAUACUCAUCAUGUGUCUUCAGUGAUGUUUAUGCCGUAGCCGAUGUUGACGACUCUGCUCGUUUUGGCAAUGGUGGAUACUGUUUAGUAGAAUCACUAUCGAACUGCUAUGGAGACGUCAUUUCUCUGAUUGACGAUGACGAUGAGGUUGAUGUCGACGGUUGUGACGGUGACGUCAAUAUGAAGAACAAACACGCUUCUGGUAAUGAUGAUGAUGAUGAAGAAGAUGAUGAUGACGACGAUGACGAUGAUGAUUUCUCGUCAAAGAAACCGUGCCUGGAACUCUACAAAAGCCUAGACAUCGAGCAACUGAUAGACCAGAAAAUGAACAUAAAGUUUACUCCCUACAUGACCGAGCACUUCAAACGAGUCAUUGGCGCCAAAAGAGCAGACGGAUCCAGUGAUCCAGACAGAAGUUACAUAGAACAAUAUUUGACUGAAAACACUCUUGCCGAAGAAAAUGUUGAAAAAAAUGUUGACGAGAAUGUUGGGAAGGUGGGAAAGGUUGAAGCAGAGCGAGUUGCUGUGCAAAGUAAGAAGAGGAGCAUUGAGAAGGAUGGUGGGGGUGUCGUCGAUAAUUUCAAGAUGGCCGUGUCCAUUUGGGAGGUAUUGAACUCCAGUGCCAAUGCUGAGGUCUUUGAAAAAUUGUUCUCAGAAUGGAACAUCGAAAAAUCCUGGUGUACUCUGAAAUUGUUCAAAGAGAGAUACGUGGAAGCCCUGAAUUUGAUAAGCCUGCUGUUGUUCGAAACGAAUUCUAGGUCAGAUGUUAGCCCAGCCUAUGUGAACUUCACCAGCUCCCUGAAGCAGUGCGUCUCAUCGCUGCACAGACCACCACCACCACCAUCAACUUCUCAUCAACAUUUAUUUCAACACAAGGCGGCCACAACCACAAAAGCCCCAACAUCGACAACUCAAACAAAAAUCCCAAAAUUCACUCACAAGUCAACAAAAUUGGAGUUCAUGCAUCUCACAGAUGAGAAUGUGCUGUAUUACUGUGCCGAUAAGUUGCUAGGAAUAUUCAUUAACUGCUGGAAAACGACUGACGUUGUAACCGAUGACGUGAUUGGUCACAUGCUGGUCCUGCUCCAACACGAUUGGCGGAAGUAUGAACAACUGUUCAUGGAUAUUCGCAAGUGCAUUGAAAAGAAGGGAAGUUUUGCUUACACGCUCUUCAGUGAAUAUAUCACUCACGUUGAUAUCUUGGAGUACUUCGCUUAUUUAGCAUCUUUGGAAAGUCGAGUAUCUUUGUUUCUUAUUCCGAUUUCUACUCCCCAGACAUGUCGGGCAGUGACCAGAGGCGUGAACAAGAGCGGCAAGGACGACAUGAAGGAGAUGAUAAUGAAACGGCUGACCUUAACUUCCGCUGACCCCAGAGAUCACGUGAUGAGGUUCAUCAUCAAGGAAGCCGAUAGGUUGAAAGCAGCCAUUUGUAGUCCACUUUGAAUCUCUAUCUGACGAGAGUGAUGAUGAUUGCGAUGGUGAUGAUGAGGAUGAUGAUGAUGAUGAGAAUGAUGAUGAGAAUGAUGUGAUAACGACAGUUGCACACUUUAUUGCUAUUCUUGUGUAUUUAUUUAUCUAUCUUGAUUGUUCGUUUUCAUUCAGAUCAUUCAUUUACACCUUCUUACCUGAUAUACCGCAACUUAUACGAUGGUAAAUGUUUUCUGUCAAAUAUAUUAGUAAUUAUUACUCACGAUUGUGUAAUCAACGAAGAACUGAUUACAAACUUGAUGAAAAAUCUUAUAAACGCCACAAAACU